UUUGGGGUUUUUGUUUUAAAAUGGCAAAAUUAUUGAGUUACUAUCGAUUAUGUCCUCUAAUAGACACUAAAAGUUUGUUAGGUAUUUCAGAAGGCAAAGAAAAAGGAACAGUAAUCGUCACAUUAGGUAAAAACAUUGGUAUUAAAUACCGUUUUUCAGAUCAAAAGCAACUUAACAGCUGGAGAACAAGGGAUAAAUUUAGUUCUCCGGUUAUAUACGAUAAAAAUCAAGACAAAUAUGUUGCUGUUUUUAAUGAAACCUUUGUUAAAAUAUGGAAUGAUGAAGAUGAAGCUCUAGAUAAACUAAAAAAAUAUAAGUUUAAUAAGAGAAUUUAUUCAAUAUUCUCUCAUAAUGGUACAACAUAUGUAGUGUUCGAAAAUGGAUCGGUAUAUCCUUUGGACGAUAUUUUAAAGGACAGAAAAUGUUUUGAGGCAGAAGACAUAUUUGAAAAGCAAACUAUUCAUGAUGUGUUGCACUUCUCAGCAAAUGAUCGGUUGUUUUUUGGGUUGUUGGUGAAUUCUGAAAAAUCCUUUAUAUUAUAUUGGACAGAAUAUAACAAUUCAAAGAAUAAAUUUUGCAAAAUUGAUUUAAAUAGGGACCAGUUUACAUUAAAAGGUUAUUCUUUUCAUUGGGACAGGGAUGUUAUCCAGUUUUUGACAGUGUGGGAUGAUGGUAGAGUAUACAGCAAAGAAUUAAAGCAGUUCCAGAAAGAACCUUCAAACUUUGGGGACCUCUUUUGUGUGGUUGAUUGGAUUUCUGCAGAAAAAAAUGUCAAGUUGGCUCAUUUAAAUGAAAAUUAUAUUGUUGUGUAUGGGGCUGAUUUAAAUGAAGAGGGAGCCAUUUUAUUUAUAUACAAUACCCACUUUAAGGUGACCCAGUGUAAACAAGUACAUAAACUGUUUACAAAUGAUGCCAAGAUUUGGCAAAUUGACUCGAAUUUAUUAAUGCCUGUAGGCCAAAACUUGGUAGUAGUUCCUUUUCGACUGGAGUCAGAAGAAUUAGCAGCAUUGGUUGGAAGUCACAAGCCAGUGAAUAAUAAAAUGGAUCUAGAUGUGGCUAUCGUACAAGAGUGUGAAGUAACAAACUGGACACAGGAAGGAGAUAAAUCAAAGAAGAAAAUAUCAAGGCGUGGAAAAUUGUCAGAUAGUUUACAAGCAAGAGUUAAUGAUUUUUUAAGGCAGGGAUUACCAGAAUCAUUAAUUUUAGAAGAAAUUAUGCCAGAUGUCCUUGAAAUUAAAAAUAUUCAAGUCAUUGAAGAGUGUUUAAAAUUCUUUGUGGAUAUUCCAGAGAAGUUCUUGGCAGCCUUGUUAAAAUUACUCUUGUCAUGUGACAAAGAAGUGUUCAGUGAUCUACGUGAAGUAAAUAAGGAAUUAUUUCCCACUAAGUUACAGCCCAAGGGCAGGACAAAGUUACUAGAUACCAUUUUAAGAAGGUCUUAUAGUGAUGUUUUGCUUUUGCCUCAUUUGAGAUCGCAAGUAUCAAUAGAAGAAGUGGUGUCUUUGUUGCAAUAUUUUGUAUUUUUAUUGUCCACAAAUGGACACAAUUUAUUAGGCUUGACCUCAUUAGAAACGGAAAUUAAAUUAAUUGGUUGGAGUAGCAUCCUCAUUGAUUCAAAUUACCAGAAAUUGAUUCUGUCCAAGGACAUAGAAGUUUCAGAACUGUUAGACAGAUUUAAGACGACAGUUUUGAUGGAAUUAGAAGUUCUGGACGAUUUAAAACAAAUUACUCCACUACUGUUGCAGGCCGUAGAGGAAUCCAAAGGGAAGAACUUUGGCCGCUCAAGGUUGGACAAUUGCCAAUAUAGUGUUGAGCAGAUGAGUUUCUUCUGAAUAAAUGAAAUAUAA